GGAAACUCCUGUCAGGCAGACUCAGCAGGCUGUCAGUCGGCAUCAGAGCACCGCAGAAAGGAGGAGGAACAGUCUCCAAACUUCCAGCGGAACAAAGAGGAGUUUCCUGCUUCGUUGGAGAAACUCCGGCAGCUAAUAGAAGAAGAAGUUCACAUCCUACAAUCAUCCAUUGUUGAUCAGGGUUUGGUGUGUGAGGCCACAACAGGAAAAGAGGGACUGCUGGGAUUUGCUGUUCUGAGCCAAGAAUUGACCUUUCACCUCCAGCAGCUGCAGAGACGGACAGAGCAAGAGCUCAGCAACAUACGAACACAACUCUUUCAGAUUGAAGGCCGCCAGCAGCUGCUGACCACUGAGCUGUCUGAUCUUCAGAAGAGGAAGAAACAGGCGGAACAAGAGCUGAAGAGAAACUCCUGCCUUCAGACAUCCACACUUCAGUUGUCUGCUUGUCGGGAGCUUCAGGCCUCGAUCACUGAGCAUUUGGUCCAGUCUGAGAGGCUGGUGUUCCAGGAGGAGGCACUGAGCACGCUCCAUAAUUUACUGACCCAAGACUUGCAAAGGUACCAGGAAGAGAUAGAGAAACUGACCCAUUUCACACAGAAAAUACUCGGAAAACCCCACAGGGCAGACAGAGAGGAAACCUUUACCAACAGGCAGAGCGAAGCCAGCAUGCAGGGAAAGAACGAGACAGAAAACAACAUGCACACACCCGAGUCGUCUUCCGUACAAUCACCACUUAGUCCUCAGCAGACUACCACCAAAGAAGAGUCACAGCAAUCCAAGAGAGCCAGUUAUAAGAGACCAGUAGGCCUGACUCGCAAUUCAGUGCAACGAGCUGGCAGCAUCAAAGACCUGAUUACUAGGUUCUCAGGUCCGGAUCACCAGGUCUCACCUUCCGGUUCUCCACAGAGCCCUAUUAUGGGAGCUGAACGAGUCCAAAAGUCGGCUUCGAUGGAGGCUCUGGAAUCUUCAAAGUCAAGUCCAUCCACACCGAUCAGUGCCAGUCAAGAUGGAAGUUCUAUUCCCAGCAUCAAUGUGACUCCACCCUUCAAGGAAACCAUUCAGAAUGGAGUUGGACCAGUUCAGAAAGGUUCCAGAACUACUCAGAUAACAUCAAGAAUCAAUUUUCCACCAGGGGACGGUGCUGAGUCCAGAAGCCAAACAAACACUGGUAGAGACUCAGUGGCUGACUCUGGAAUGGGAUCGGAGUCAGAACUGGAUUCACACAAGCAGCUGGACAGCCCAUCAGAGGAGGAACCCUCCACGCCCAAAGCAACGAUAAUCAGCCAGAACCCGAAAUAUCAGCUGUACCUCAACAACGAUCUGAAGACCAACGGGUUCAGUGGCAGAGAUGCAGAUGGUCAAGGAAGCGGCGGAGGAUCAAUCGGGGAGAAUGGCCCCAGGAUGUCCCGAUGGGAGACCACCCGGAUUGGGGCGAACCAUUACAAAGGGUCCCUGGAGUGUUUGGCCUCACGAGAUUGGGACACUAUGGCUGACAGGAUGGGUGUCGUUGACAGCCCCCCCAGAGUGUUUAACAGUCCAUACUCCCAAGCCACCUCUUUGGAGUACAACCCCCCUUAUCGAAUGUCUGAAAAGGGUAAACUGUCUCCUGCCACCUCUGAGAUGAACCUGUACACCUAUAACAGUCGCAGCACGAGUCCGGUGGGCAUACAGACGCCGACCCUCAUUUCCCCCCGCCCCCGUUUCUCCACCUACGACACUCUGAGGAGGAGGACGGAGGUCAACAACAUGGUGGUGCCCACACACUACAGCAUGCGCUCUUCCACUCUGGGAGCACCCAAUAAAAAAGACUACAUAGCAGAACUGACCAAACAGCUGGACACCAUACAGAGACGCAACCAGUUCCUGGAGGCAGAGAGUGUGGAGAUGGAGAAGGAGAGGAACCAGAUCAGGUUUGAGAUGCGCGGCCUGCUGGUGAACAACGAGGACCUGCUGAGAACAAACACACAGCUGAACAACGAGCUGAAGCGGCUGAGGGAGCAGAUGAUAGAAAUGGAGAGAGAGAAUCAGUCCGUGGGGGAGCGGUUCAGAGAGAUGGAGAUUGAGGUGAAGCAAGCCAGAGAGGUGAUGGUGGAGGCCAACACUCAGGAGUACGCCUUCAACUUCCUUGAGCAGUCGCUCAAAAAUCGGAUCCAGGAUGCUGAGGAAAAUCUGGACAAGCAGACGCAACACGCUCAGACUCUGGCUGAGAAGUUGUGGCUGGCAGAGAGGCAGCUGGAAGACGUGGAGAGUGACAAAGAAAGCAAAGACAAGAAGCUGUCUGACCUCAGCAACACCAUCCUCAGGCUGGAGACAGAGCUGGGUGAGGCCAUGGCAGCAUCCACUCAGGCUAACGCAGAGAUGAACCUGCAGCAAAAGCUGCGUGAGGAUGCCCAGAUGAGGUUGGACGAGCUGGAGGAGUCCCUGCUGGAGAAGGAACAGGAAGUGCAGAAACUGCAGACCCUCGUGACCAAACUGCAGGGAGAGGUCUCUGGUAAGCUGUUCGAUAGAGAGCGUUCGCUGGAGGAGGAGAUUCAGCUGAGAGAGAGGCUUCAGCUGCAAUGUAAGCAGGCAGAAAGGACUGUGGACGACCUCACCAUGGAGCUGCACAGCACGAACCAAACCAGAGACGACCUGGCCAAACAGCUCAAACUGGCUCAGGAGAAGCUAAUCGACCUAGAGAGCGAUCUGGAGGAGCUGCAUGACAGCGAGCAGAGAUGGGCCGCCAAGCAAAAGAGAGCCAUCGAUCAGACCGAGCAGCUGCAGCUGAAGCUGAUUCAGGAGAAAGAUUUGAACGAGCAGCUGGAAGUUGAGAAAGUGUCAAUGGAAAGACAGCUGCGUCAGCUUCGUCUGGAGGUGGAGGAACUGCGGAGCAACAGAGUACAGGAGGAUGUCAUCUCUAAGACGGAGAUCAGAGUCAAGGAACUGGAGAACUCACUGAGGGUUGAGGAGAGGAACAAAGCAACUCUGACAAACACCAACAGUAAGCUGGAGAGGAAGAUCAACGAGCUGAGUGAUCAGAUGGAGGAGGAGCACCGGAUAGCUACUGAACAGAAAGACCUGAUGACCCAGAGGAUCCGCUCUCUGAAGCGCCAGCUGAAUGAGGCCGAGGAGGAGGCAAGCAGGAAGGAGGCACAGUACCGGCACACCCAGAGAGAGCUGACUGAGGAGAGGGAGACAACCAGCCGCCUACAGAAGCAGCUGCUUGACCAACACCUGCAGACCAAGCGUAAGGAGACCAUGACAAUCCGUCAGACUCUGGAUAACCUGAGGUUGGACCUGAGUGACGAUGACGAUGAUCUGACACUGGAACAUAGUACAAAUGUCACCAAAGUCUAAAAACCCCCUCACUCUAAAUUCCCUCAGCGGGAACAGUGUAUAACCAAAUGAAAAGAUUUUUUUUCCUUCCAGGUUUUAUUGUUUGUUUGUUUUUAAACAGGAAAUGUCUACAGGAUAGUCACUCUUUGAUACCAUCAGGAAAAUUACAUUUCUGAAAAUCUGAAAGGACAAAACAAUCCUGCAUGUAAAUGCACCACAAGUCCUGUACUUUACUGUGUUAGUGCUGUUGUGCUAAAAGCUGAAAUGCAUUUUUUUCCCUUUAGAUGCUCUCCGUGUGUACUAAAGUGUGAUUCUCUGCCCACAUUUUAAAUGUUAAUUCAAAGGGUAGUAACUCUUGUUUGUCUUACCUGGGAGUGGCCCAGUGAAAACCAUUCCUCAAGCGUCUCCUAUAAAGCUUGUGGAGUUGAUCGCCCUCUUCUGUUGAUCAGGAAGAAAUUCAACCGUGUAAAGUGAACGACAGAAUCACCUGGUGGACUUUCUGCCUCCCUGUUCUCCUUAAAGCCACAAUCUGCUCGUUUGCCAAAGAAAAUAAACCUACAGGAGUUUGCUGCAGAGACAUGUUGACACUUAUACUGCAAAAGAUGUAACUGCUGUGACACCACCCACCUAUCAUUCAGAGCAGUCACACCCUUAAACAAACUUGCUUUAAAUUUUAAUAAGUUACGCAAGUUGCAAGUUAUGCAAAAAAAAGUUUUAAACUCAUUUCUGAGGGAAAGCCAGUCCCAAAUGGCCAUUUGAGGAAAUAUUAUUGUUUAGAGUACUGACAUAAUAGGGAUUUGAUUAAGGUGUAGUUUUGAAUCCAUUUGUUCCACCCAACUACUCAAGUCUUUUAGAAUGGGCUUUAAACCAGUAAAUGUUCUAAAUUAUCCAGGUGCACAAAUGUUCCAAAGACUUCUGGUGAUGAUGGGAAAGAGGACUUUUUCAGUUCAUAUCUCAGAACGCAAAUAAUGAUUCAAAGAAUCAGAGCUCUCCAAUCUCUCAGCUUUUGUAUUAUUUGAUGGCUCUUUAAUGGCAGUUCUUUCCUAAAGAGGGUUUUUUCUACAUUCAUACAUGCAGUAUUUGGAUUUUGACAUAUUAGAAGAAAUAGCAAGAUAAAUCUGGUACAUGUGAGGGAUCUUUAAGUAACUGUGUAAUUCAAAUCAAAGCCCAUUAAGCAAUUA